AUGGGAGUCGACCCUCUUUCCCCAAUUGCGCCUGUGCGCCUCAGGGCGCUUCUACUACCUAUCGGCAAGAUCAAGCGCUCGCGAUUCUUAAGUUUCGCUGCCCGACUACAAGCCGAGAAUGUAGUUCGGCUAGGGGAUAUCAGCCCCGAUGCGCGGCCAAACAGAAACAUGUUCUCGCCGCUGGCCUUCCCUACCGGAUUGAUUCUCUACGAUCUUGCCUUCUCGGUCCCUCCAACCUCGCACCUCGAAUUGUUCCCAUUUGAGAUAUACAGAGAGCCGCUCGUGAUUAUUGCUAUAGCGGAUGGAAAAGAAUUACCGCCGAGCAGCGGUGGAAACCAGAAGCACCCAAACCCAGACGGGCUCGAUUCCCUGCUGGAGGAGCUCGAGGGGGUGAAGGAGAGGAACCCGCGAGCAUUGGUCAACCAAUUGUUGGUAUUCGACCAUGAGGGAUUAGACAAGGUCACCAAUGGCCCGGACAAUGUCCUUUGGGUCCCCCCGCCCCAGGCCUCCAAGGCCACGACGAUGAAGACCGUACUCUGCGACGUGACUGCGGUCCUACUUGCGGAAUUGGACGAGUUUGCGAAGACAAUCCAGGCCAUUCCUUCAAUUGAAUCACCCAAGGCCUUCUCCUGGGGCCCACAUCGCAACCCAGAAUUGAGACCCAGACCGGUAGAUCGACUGCUAAACCGGAUGACUCUUCCCGCACAGCUACCCUCGAGCCCGAGUGGUGGUCAAGACACCCCAUUGAGCUCCAACGCUAGCUCCCCUGCCCCGAGUGAUCAUGAGACUCCCACCACGUUCGACGAAAUUACCCGAUCGAUUCACCUAUCCAGUCGCACAAACUCCAACAGCAGAACCCCGUCAAUAGCUUCUCCAAAGGAGCAUAGCCGUGACCGAAUGUCUGUCAGCAACAUGAGUGCCACAGAUAGAACGAAAAACCGCAUUAGGGGUCGCGCUGGUGUCGUCAUUGGUACACUGUUUCUGCAGGCAGGACGGUGGCCCGACGCCCUCAAAGAACUAACCGAGGCAGUCAACAACGCCCGUGCUGGGAGUGACUACAUUUGGCACGCCAAAGCUCUCGAGACAAUUCUUCUUUGUCUGAUCAUGUUUGGGUGGGCAGGAAUGGACUUCCAGAUUCCAUCGGUUCUGUAUCCAGUUGCCGAUAAAUCUUCUAAACCUUCAAGGGAUUCAGUGACUCCCAGCAGCACUGGUAACCGAGUUGUUUCCUUGCACAACCUAGCCAACCUCUUGCCAGACCUUUCCAACAACAUCCUGAAUCUUUACAACCGCGCUGCCAACAUCACCGACGAGCCCCUUCCCCAGUUGGUCUUCUCGGAGACAGUCAUUCGAUUAGCCAGAUUGAUGGUUUCGGCUCGCGUUCGUGACGGUGCCUUGGAUGACAACGCCUUGAAACAUAUCGUGAUGAACGAAACUUUGGUACCCCUCCUCCAGCCCGAGCUUCCUCGCGGGACUGUAUUGCUUCGAAAGUCGGAGAUUGCCAAUUUCUUAUACAAAGCCCUGCCAAUGGCUGCCGGAGCAGAUUUACCAGCCACCGAUGCUGUACCCAUCAUCGUGGGCGUUGUGUCGGUUUUGAAUACUCUGGACUUACCGAGGAAGAAAGCCUUCAUAUUGCGCGAACUUCUCUCUGUGAUGGUUCCAAGUCUAGUCCAGGCGCGAAAGAUUGGUGCUGCAGAGGUUGGCAUUCACCCAGCUGCCGGGUUGGCUUCACUUAGCGAUACAGCAUUUGACGUCAAUGCCCUCGACACGGGAUCUGGAAACAUGGAGAGCAGCGUCCGUCUUCUUCUUGCGACCAUUGGCGAAAUUUACGGUGUCCAGCCUUCAUCUUUCUAUGAAUGGGAGAAGAGGUCCAGUCAAUCUUCCGCCGCAGGCGGAUUGCAGGAAGGCGCUGAAUAUGACUCAGUGGCAAGCAUUGCUGAAAGGGCGUUCAGACAUGUAGUUCUGGACCGUUAUGGUGAUUUGAACUUGAAGAUUGAUGUUCUAAAGGCCUGCAUAAACUGUUGUGAAGCACUUCCCGAUUUCAACGGCGUUCUGCGUUUCACGGUCGAGCUCCUCCAGACUAUUCGAGGUGAUAUCAUGUUAGGAGAAGGGUACCGAAACCCACCAUACCUCCCACAGGACGAACAAGUCCGUCUUCUGAACAACAUCAAGCGAACCGUAGGCGCAGGAUCUAGGCUAGGUGCCUCGGACAUGGUAGCCGAGUAUUGGGACGACUUCCUAGUGCGUGAUGUUCAGCCGCUGGCACUUCCGGAUCCUAAACGGCCCGUACGACGGUCUAAGACAGAACUGGAUGCAGUCACCACUACUUCUCAAACAUCGAAGAAGGAUCCAUUCCUGUAUAAUCCUUUCGCAAAGGCCAGCAGCAAGGCAUUGGAAGUUAUCACAGUGGCUGAUGAGCAUGCCUCUUACCGAGUCACCCUCCAGAAUCCCUACGAGUUCGAGGUUGAGAUUGAACAUUUGCGCUUGGGUGUGUCACUCGAUGCUGUCGCGGAAAACAUUAUCCUCGCCCCGCUCUCUAUCCAGGAUAUCAUUGUGACUGGUGUCGCCCAAGGGGAAGGCAAUCUUAAUAUCACAGGUUGCGUCGUGAAGGUUCGUUACUGUCGGAUGCGAAGAUUCCCCAUUUUCAACACAUUUUGGAAGCCAGACCCCGACGUGAAGUUCAAGCGAACAGGGCUGUGUGCCAAGCAGCCUCUGACGGCGCGGCCAAUUUCCUGGAGCUCAACAACCUCCAAGGAUGGCAAGGUCGAUAUCAAGAAAGGACCUGAAGCUACUUCUCGUGAAGUCAAGGUAAUCGCUAGGCAGCCAUCCCUUGUGAUUGAGUCAAUGUCCUUGUCGCAAUCAGCAAUGAUGGUACUUGAGGGUGAAGUCAAGACCUUCACCAUUACUCUCCAAAAUGCCUCUACCUGUCCCGUGGACUUCGUUCUAUUCUCUUUCCAAGACUCAACGACAAAGCAGCUUCAAUCUGCAUUGAGCAACAAGGACCUGCUGCCCGUUGAGACGUACGAACUGGAGUUGAAACUGGCGACCAAUCCGGCUUUGCGGUGGCGCCGUGAGGGUCAAGACUCGAGUGAUUGCUCGAUUGCGGCAGGCGAAAAGGCGACAUUUACAGUUGAUGUCCUCGGAAAGCCUGGCUUGCAGGAAACCACGGUGCAAAUUGACUAUUCCCGCUUGAACGCAGCCCCAGGUGAAUUGCCUGAUGUGUUCUAUACACGCCAGUUGUUUGUACCGUUGACGGUCACAGUGAAUGCAAGCGUGGAGGUUGCCCGCUGCGACAUUCUCCCGUUCAGCGGUGACUUUGCAUGGAAGAACAACAUCGAGCCACCCGUCGAGUCAGUGAAGGGAUCUGAUGCGUCGCUUUCUACUCAAGACAAUGAUCCCUUUUCACAGGUUCUGAGUCGCCUUGGCAAUGGUGCCUAUGGGCCUGACCAUUGCGUUGUGCUAGUCGAUCUGCGCAACGCCUGGCCAAGUCCAGUCUCUGUAUGGCUGCGCGUGAGCGAGCAGUCAUUAGAGGCACUUUCGGUUGAGACGAAGAGCGAGGAUAACACGAAUGGCCAGUACUCUGUUGGUGGAGAGCUGCAGCCUGGACAAGUCUCUCGCUUCGUUCUCGUCAUGCCGCGCGUCUACCUUGACAACCCCCACGCCGCCAUUCCUGUGGUGAACACCGGCACCAGGCGACAAUUCGUCGUCAGCGCCAACAAACUAUCAUUUGAAGCCGAAGCGGCCUCUCGCGAAGCCUUCUGGUUCCGGGAGGAACUUCUCAAGAGAGUUCUUGGAGGCUGGAAAGAACCAGCUACAGGCCGCGAGGGAUCCAUCGACCUACGAAACAUCAGACUGAACAACCGCAUGGUUGAAGCAAUUCGUCUCGAAGACAUCGAGAUGACGUUCUCCAUGGCCUCGCCAUCUUCAUCCGGCGAUUCAGAAGCAAUCGAACAAACCGGCCGUUCUCGCUUCCGGGUCAAGACAGAUGAUCUCCUCACUUUGACCGUCACUGUCCACAACCGCUCAUCCCGCCCGAUCCAUCCUCUUCUCCGUCUUCAACCAAGUCUCCGCCACCAGCCAAACAAUGUCGCGCUUGAUCUCACUCGUCGCCUCGUUUGGACCGGCAUGCUACAACAGGCUCUUCCUAUUCUCCCGAGUGGCGAGUCCGCCCAAAUCUCCAUUGGUCUGACCGUGCUCUGUCGGGGAGAAUACGAAUUUGGCGCCAGUGUCGAGGAAGCCCGCCUUCUGCGACCAUCUCUCAUCGACGCCCAUGCCCAAAACGCCGAUGCUACAGCUCCCCAUGACGAAGGUGGUAUCAAAGAUACCUUUGGUGCGGAUGUCGUGCGCCGCCGACGUAUCUGGCAUGCAAAGGAACUGUGUAUCAUCCAUGCCAGUGACUCAUGA